GCAGCAGCCCUUGCUCAAAGCGCAAGCCCCAGGGGACAGCUAGACGUGGCCCCUAUCUCUUCUUGUCGGCCUGCUCUCUUGCAUUUGUGUACAUUUCUUAAGAAAAUUGCAUACUUGUUUACUUUAUUUCUACCAAUGCAUGGCAAAAGGCAGAAUCGCCGCCACCAAGCACAACAGCGUGCAGCCUUCAGCGUCUUUGUCGACCCAGAAGCAUUGCCCGCAGCCUCAACACAAACCCCAAACCGCACGGUGUUGCAGCAGGCAAGCGUGAGCAACAAAAAGGUGUUGAAGCUCUCACCUAUGUCGCAGGUAGCUGCGGAAAAGGAAAACUUUGACCUGGUCCGCAAGCACCUGGCCCAGCCAUACAAGCCUGGAGCCACUGCCAAAGCAGCACAGAGAAAGCCGCUCAUCGCCAAACCGGCACAGAACAAGCAGAGCACAGCUGGUGACGCAAAGGCAUCAAAGGAGGAUCCUUUCAAAACGCCAACACGCAAGCCGCAGCACAGCUUGCUUCUGGCUGCACCGCCCAAUGCUAAACUAGAGAAGAAGAAGGAGACACUGAGCUCGCCAACACCAACCGACAACGUCACCGGGACUGUGCGGUUCCGGCAAGUGAACAAGCCUGCCAUUGAUGACUUGGUACAGCUCCUGGGCGAUGUGGGGCUGAAUAGCAAAGCGAUGAACUCCGUUGUGGAUCUGUCGCCUGUGCCAAAGAGGACUGCGGGCAGAUCAUUGCUGCAGCUCACACUUCCGCCGCCACGGCUGCCGCGUGCAAUGACUAGCGAGCCAGCAGCCAGGGUACUGUUUGCUGAGUCGUUGGCAAGAGCACAGGAUCAUGUUGUAGUGCAAAAGAAUGCGGUGGCCAAAAGCGGUUCUCGCAAGGCAAAGAAUGUGCAUGCUGUGGUCGGCAUGUCUACACCGCCAGACAUGAGGCAGGCCAUCCGCUAGUGUUAAUUGUUGUUAUAGUAACUGAGUAAAUGGAUCUAGAAGCCCACACAGGAUAGGAAUCUACUUGCGGCGCCAGACUGAAAUGAUUUCCUUGCCGACGCGGUCGUCGUGAGUCUUGCACUGUG